AUGAGCGGGAGGCUCCUCUCUGCGCGUCUGGCUCCCGUCGCCCGCCACGCCGUUUCGGCCUCUGCCUACGCGGCCCCGCGGAGGUUUACUCAUUACCUGAGCUCCAACGCCGGCGGCCUCCUCCGCUCGCAGUCCGGGCUGCGCUCGACUCGUCUCCGAUCAUGGCCUCCCGGUGCCUAUGCUCUACAUAACGUCCCAGCCGUCCGCUCCAUCUCCUUCAUCCGCAUUCUGCCCCGCCUGUUCCAGAAAUUCGCUACAUUGGGCGCCGUCGGAGGAGCUACCAUUGUCGGAGGCGUUGUAUAUCUGCAAAAUCAAGCCCAGAAGGGAGCCGACUACGCCAUUGAUCUGCUCUCACGCGGCCGGGACCUCGCAGGCAACACCGUCGGUGGCAUCUUCACCAGCGCCUCAGAUGUGAUCGACCAAACUCGGCGAGGCUGGGAGAAGACAAAGCAGGACAUCGAGGUUCCAGAAUGGUUGCGGGGUAUCCUGGCAGGCGAGGGCGAGGAGGGACAGCAGAACUCGUCGGGGCCCGAAGGUGACCCUCAGAAGAGUGGCGCCGGUGCUGCAGCUGUCGGAGCGGCAACCGGAGCUGCCUUCGGCUACAGCCAAGAGAGCGACGAUGAUGAACGUUCGGAUGAGAGGAUUGCUCGAGACGAGCAGAUGAUGAUGCUCACGAAGAAGAUGAUCGAGAUUAGAGGGCUUCUGCAGACGGUGGGACAGUCAGACUCCUUGACUUUGCCCUCGAUUGUGGUCAUUGGAUCACAAUCUUCCGGCAAGAGCUCUGUCCUGGAGGCCAUCGUUGGCCACGAGUUCCUGCCCAAGGGCUCAAACAUGGUUACCAGGAGACCUAUCGAGUUGACGCUUGUCAACACCCCUGAGGCGCAUGCCGAGUACGGCGAGUUUCCUGCACUUGGCCUUGGGAAGGUCACGGAUUUUUCCCAGAUCCAGAAGACCUUGACCGACUUGAACCUGGCUGUUCCGACUGAGCAGUGUGUCUCCGACGACCCCAUUCAGCUUCGAAUCUACUCCCCGAAUGUCCCUGAUUUGUCACUUAUUGAUCUACCCGGAUACAUCCAGGUCGUUGGACGCGAUCAGCCGCCGGAAUUGAAGGAAAAGAUUGCUGAGCUAUGCCAGAAGUACAUUCAGCCGCCCAACAUUAUCCUGGCCAUCUCCGCCGCGGAUGUCGACUUGGCCAACUCAACCGCUCUGCGCGCUUCUCGUAAAGUCGAUCCGAGGGGCGAGCGGACUAUUGGUGUCAUUACCAAAAUGGAUUUGGUCGAGCCUGGACGUGGGCUGGACUUGCUUACGGACAGGAAGUACGCCCUUCGUCUUGGAUAUGUAGGCGUCGUCUGCCGCGUGCCUCAAACAAGUGGGGGUCUUUUCCAUCGCGGCAGUGGCAACAUCCAGCAGGCCGUCGCCCGCAAUGAAAAAGCAUUUUUUGGCUCCCACCCCGAGGCAUUUGGGCACGACGCACACGUCGACGUGGGCACCGGCAAUCUCCGCAAGAAGCUUAUGUACGUUUUGGAGAACACAAUGGCAGCAAGCCUGAAAACCACCAGCGAGGCCAUCCAGCGCGAGCUCGCGGAAGCCACGUACGAGUUCAAGGUUCAAUACAACGACCGGCCUCUCAGUGCGGAGUCUUACCUUGCAGAGAGUUUAGACGCGUUCAAGCAUUCGUUCAAGGGGUUUACUGAUCAUUUUGGUCGUCCCGAGGUGCGCGAGAUGGUCAAGAACGAGCUUGAUCAGCAGGUCCUCACCCUCAUGGCCCACAAGUAUUGGAACAAGCCACUCGAUGACUUGAACCCUCCUGUACCUGAGGCGGACUCUCUGCAUGAUCUCCCCAAGGCCGAUCCGGACAACCCUCUCUGGCAUCUCAAGCUCGACACUGCGAGCUCUUCCCUGACCAAGCUUGGGAUUGGUCGUCUAGCAACAACGGUUGUGGCCACCGCCCUACAGGCUCACAUUGAUCGUCUCAUUGCAAACUCAACCUUCGCGGCACAUCCCUUUGCCCGCCAGGCCAUCACGGAGGCCUCGACGGCAAUCUUGAGGGAGCUCUCGUACGAUAUCAGUGACGAGCUAGAGAUCUGCAUCAAGCCGUACAAGUACCGCAUUGAACUCGAGGACCACGACUGGUCAAAGGGUAGGGAGAAUGUCGGAGGCGUGCUGAAGGAAGAGCUCAGGAUGUGCGAGAAUGCUGUAAAGAAUGUUGAAAAUGAAGUUGGUGGGCGGAAGAAGCUCAAGGAUGUCAUGGGUUUCAUCGACCGGGUACGCAGUGGGCAAGUUGUCAUUGAGGGUGACGGAAUUGGCGGCGCAGGCGGAUUCAGUGCGGCGUUGCUUGAGAGAGGCCGACAAGCCGUGUUCUUGCGCGACCGCGCAGACAUUUUGAAGAUGCGCAUCAUGGCUGUCAAGUCGAAGCAGUGUGCCAACAAGAAGAACAAGUAUUACUGCCCCGAGAUCUUUCUGGAUGCAGUGGCGGACAAACUCACGACCACUGCGGACCUUUUCCUGGACGCGGAGCUACUGUCGAAAUUCUAUUAUCUCUUUCCACGCGAACUUGACAGCCGUCUUGGGCGCAACCUCUCGCAGGCCGAGGUAGAACGAUUUGCGCGCGAGGAUCCGAAGAUCCGGCGGCACCUGGACGUGGUGCGCAGGAAGGAUCUGCUGGAGCAUGUGCUCAAAGAGAUGGACUCCCUGCGGCAGCUGGAGGCGCGGGAGAAGAGGUUUGGCGCACGAUCGGCGCAGAAGGAAGGCAAGGGCCGUGGGUGGAGCUUGUUCUAG